UGUGUUUUCGUUAUUUUUACUGCGCACUGUUAAUCCUUUUUUCCAACGGGUAUUUAACAAUUGUUUCAGAAAGCGACAUAGUGUUUUGUGAACUCUGGAAAUGUCAAAUGCCGCGCAACAUGCUUUACAGCGGCAACUUAAAGAGUUGAUGAAGCAUCCGAUUCCGGGGUUUCGCGUCGCCAUGAAGGAUGAUAAUAUUUUUGAGUGGGAGGUGGGGAUUAUUGGUCCGUUUCGGACGCCGUAUGCUGGGGGGUAUUUCUUGGCAACCCUCAAAUUCCCACAAGACUUCCCCUUCAACCCUCCGACCUUUACCUUCAAUUCCCCCUUUUUCCACCCAAACGUCUACCCCGACGGCCGUCUCUGCAUCUCAAUCCUCCACCCCCCAGGCGACGACCCUCUCUCUGGUGAAUCCGCCUCAGAACGAUGGAACCCAACUCAAAGUGUCGAAAGCGUGCUGUUAUCCAUUUUAUCAUUACUGAAUGAUCCGAAUUGUUCGUCACCUGCGAAUGUGAAUGCAGGGGUGUUGUAUCGGAAGGAUCGGGGGGCUUUUGAGGAGAUUGUAAGGGCACAGGUGGAGAAGAGUCGGGGGGAUAUUCCUGGGGAUUUGGUGAUGCCUACCAGUGAAGCGGAUUUUGUGAUUAAGCCACCGCCUCCAACAGACGAUGAUGAGAAUUUUUGGUAUGAGGAUGAUGAAGAGGAUGAAGAGGAUGAGGACGAGGAUGAGGAUGAGCAUGAGGAAGAGGAUGAAGAUGAUGAUGCGUCUGUUUAACCAAAAUAAAGAAAACAGAUAUAAACAGAAAGGACA